AUGAUACAAAGAUUAAUUCAUGUCUCUUUAAAUUUAAAAGUAUGUAGUAAACAUAAUCAUUUACUGUUUAGGAUUCCUAUUCUUAGGCAGUCAGUCCACCAUUGUGGAUUCAGGUUAUAUUCUAGUCAUAAAGUUUCAGCGUUACGAAAUUAUUAUGAAAGAACUUUUAUAAGUAGUAACAGAAUAAAGUUCAUAUGGUCAAGAUUUUAUAGCAGCCAGGUUAAUACCCAAAAAAACGACAGUCAAACAGACAGUCUUAAUUCGAAGACUACAAAAAAGAUAGAUUUGAAGUCGAAAACUUCUGAAUUUAAACGCUUAUUUUCUUUGGCAGCGCCUGAAAAAUGGACUCUCACCGGUGCUAUCGGGUUUUUAAUUGUCUCGUCAAGUGUGACUAUAGCAGUACCAUUCUCAUUGGGCAAAGUUUUAGACAUAAUUUAUAGUAGUACAAAUGACUUGGGAGCUACUCGAGAAAAAUUGGAUUCAUUAUGCUUGAUGCUAUGUGGAGUGUUUCUUAUAGGUGGUUUAUGUAAUUUUGGGAGGGUGUACUUAAUGUCUAUAUCAGGACAAAGGAUGACCCAAGCACUCCGUAAACAAGCGUACACAGCAAUUAUGCGGCAAGAGCCAGCUUGGUUCAACAGGACAUCCACUGGGGAGCUAGUUAACCGCCUGUCAGCUGACACUCAACUCGUUGGACGUAACCUUAGUCAAAAUGUUAGCGACGGGCUUCGUUCGUUGUUGAUGAUUGUUGCUGGUUCGGGAAUGAUGUUCUAUAUGUCGCCGUCGUUAGCGAUGAUUGGAUUAUGCGUAGUACCCCCUGUUUCGAUGUUGGCCGUCAUAUACGGGCGGUUCGUUCGCGGCAUCACAAGACAGCUGCAGACGACUUUAGCUGAAACAAGUGAGUUAGCUGAAGAAAAAAUUUCAAACAUUAAAACUGUAAAAGCUUUUAGUAAAGAGGAGAAAGAAUGUGAAUCAUAUGCACAACGAAUAGAAAAAGUACUGAAAUUGGCAUACAAAGAAUCCCUAGCUGUGGGCAGCUUCUACGGAAUGACAGGGCUUGCGGGAAACACAAUAAUAAUACUGGUGCUUUAUUAUGGAGGCAGUAUGGUCGCUACAGAAGUUUUGACCGUGGGGAACCUUACUUCCUUCCUUCUCUACGCAGCCUAUGUUGGCAUAAGCAUAGGAGGCUUGAGCGGCUUCUAUACAGAGCUAAACAAAGGCCUGGGAGCAGCCACGAGACUGUGGGAGAUAAUGGAUAGGAAACCUUUAAUUCCUGUGACAGGUGGUUUAAGGCCAGCUGUAAGUCCGAAGGGUGAGAUAUGUCUAGAAAAUGUAAGUUUUUCGUACCAAGGAGCGCCUUUAAUCAAUGGAAUGAAUAUGCAUCUGACGCCGGGUAAAAAUAUCGCGUUAGUUGGACGGUCAGGUUGCGGCAAAAGUACGAUAGCAUCGCUUAUAUUGAGGCUAUAUGAUCCAGACGACGGAAGGAUACUGUUAGACGGUGUUGAUAUAAGGGAAUUGGAUCCAGUGUGGUUAAGGAGCCAUAUUGGUUUCGUCAGUCAGGAACCUGUACUUUUUAGUGGAUCAAUCAAAGAAAAUAUAUUGUAUGGAGCAAUAGGCGACGGCGAAGAGAUGGUUGAAAAUAAUGGUAAACUGGAGCCGGCGUGGCUGGUGGCGGCGCGAACCGCGCAACUGCAGGAAGUAGUCGGCGCGCAGGGCUGGCGGCGCGACGUGGGCGCGGGCGGCUCGCAGCUCAGCGGCGGACAGAAGCAGCGCGUGGCCAUCGCACGGGCUAUCGUCAAGAAUCCCAAAAUUCUCAUACUCGACGAAGCUACCUCAGCCUUAGACGCUUAUUCUGAAUACUUAGUAGAUAAGGCGCUCAAGGAUAUAAGUAAGGAUCGAACUGUUCUUACCAUAGCACAUCGACUGAGCACCAUACAGUCUGCAGACGAAGUCGCCGUCAUCGACAAUGGACAUAUAGUAGAGAGAGGGACUUACAGAGAUUUGAUGUCGAUAGAAAAUGGCAUUUUCAAAGAAUUAAUAACUCAUCAAACUUUCGCUUUGAAACCCAGAGAGAAACGUGAAGUUCAAAAACAAUGA